GAGCAGGGAGCUGGGACCACGCGGGGCCGAGGGGCCGAUGAGUUCACACACUGCGUGCUGAGACCUCACAGAGAACGGCAGCAGCAGAGGGAAUGUUCAACUACCUCCGGCAACGCUUCACCAGCCACCUCCGGGAGCGCAGCCGGCGCAGGGCCAGGCUGGUCUCCAAGGACGGGAGGUGUAACAUAGAGUUUGGCAAUGUGGAACAGUCCAGGUUUGUCUUUUUGAUUGAUAUAUGGACCACCAUCCUGGACCUCAGGUGGAGAUACAAAAUGACUAUCUUCAUUUCAGCCUUCUUGGGCAGCUGGUUUCUGUUCGGGCUGCUCUGGUACGUGGUGGCCUACAUCCACAAAGACCUGCCCGAGUUCAACCCCUCCAUCAAUCACACCCCCUGUGUGGAGAACAUCAACGGCCUCACCUCGGCUUUCCUGUUCUCCCUGGAGACCCAGGUGACCAUCGGCUACGGCUUCAGGUGUGUCACAGAGCAAUGUGCCACUGCCAUCUUCCUGCUCAUCUUCCAGUCCAUCCUGGGGGUGAUCAUCAACUCCUUCAUGUGCGGGGCCAUCCUGGCCAAGAUCUCCAGGUCCAAGAACAGGGCCAAGACCAUCACCUUCAGCAAGAACGCCGUCAUCAGCAAGCGCGGGGGGAAGCUCUGCCUCCUCAUCCGGGUGGCAAACCUCAGGAAGAGCCUCCUGAUUGGGAGCCACAUCUAUGGGAAGCUCCUCAAGACCACCAUCACCCCAGAAGGAGAGACAAUCAUUUUGGACCAGGUCAACAUAGAGUUUGUAGUCGAUGCUGGCAACGAGAAUCUCUUCUUCAUCUCCCCACUCACCAUUUAUCACAUCAUAGACAAGAACAGUCCCUUCUUCCACAUGGCAGCAGAGACCAUCCUGCAGCAGGAUUUUGAGCUGGUGGUGUUUUUAGAUGGCACUGUGGAAGCCACCAGUGCCACCUGCCAGGUGAGGACGUCCUACAUCCCAGAGGAGGUGCUCUGGGGCUACCGCUUCGCUCCCAUCGUGUCCAAGACCAAAGAAGGGAAAUACAGAGUUGACUUCCAGAACUUCAGCAAGACAGUGGCUGUGGAGACCCCCCACUGUGCCUUCUGCCUCUACAACGAGAAAGAAGCUAAAGCCAAAGAGAAGAAAGGUUAUGACAAUCCUGGGUUUGUCCUUGAAGUCAGUGAAACCAGUGACACAAAAAUGUAGUUCAGGUACUCAUGGGACUGUCCUUGUCGUCAGAAAGAAUUCAAUCUCCAGAGGAUUAAUAACUUAGUAAAACAAAAGAGAAGCACAGGUUUGGUUUUACUCUAAAACAGCAUUUCUUCUGUCAAAAGCCUCAAAUCAAAGAGGAGCAGGACACCAGUGAUCUCCAGAAUGCUAUUGAACUACGCUGUAUGUAUUUCAUAGAAUUUAUAUUUUUAUACCUGCGGGACAUUUUAUGGAGCUGCUAUGUUGGAAUGUCCAACUCAGGUUCCCAGAGGCAUGAAAGGGUGUUAAAAAUCCUGAAAAUAUGGAAAGAAGCUUUAGGACACGUUAAAGAUACACAGCUGCUGGAAUGAGAACAUGAAAAGGGGAGACAGAAAGCAAAGCUAAAGAAACCUGGGAGACUUAAGAGCCAAAACCUCAAAAAAAGGUACAUUUCUGGUUGCCAAAGUCCUCCAUGAAAACAGACUCUCGGGUAUGGGAACACUUGAGCACUUUUGAACAUUCUGAAACAAUUCCUUCCUUCUUUCUUUGAGGCUGGUACAGCAACAGAAACGGAGCGUUAAGGGACGGAACGUGCUUAGGAAACCAGGAAAGGCAAAGCUGGGGCUGUGCUGCUGCCAUCCAGAACUCCAAAAUAGGACUUCUCCCCUGUGAAAGCCUUUGAUUCCUUUCAGGGAAAAAAAAUAGCCAAGUGGAAAUGAAAACUGCAAAGACAAGAAGCAGAGACCCACAAUGGGAAGAGAGGAAUUUUGCAGCUUAUUCCCAACUGUCUCAUCCCUCAGAUACACUUCACUUCCCCAGGAGCUGGAUGGCUGUGGAACAAGGAAACAUCUGAAGACAACUGUGCAGCAAGGUGGGGAGAUGGAGAACACAUUGAGUGCUUCCCACCUGGCACAGAGCACUCCACUGGGAGGAGAGAGGAAAUCCCCAGCUCUGGAUGUAUCCUCCACAAUAAACCCCAGAGCAAACACAGAUUAUCUUUCCCUUUGAAACACCAAGGUCUUGUUCAAACAAAAACACAGCACAGGAGCCUCCCACCAACAGUUGGCUUCAGAUUUGGUCCCAGCCCAUCCAUCUCAGCACAGCAAAACGUGCAUCCCUCCAGGAAACACCUUCUACUCGAGGGGAGCUGAGCAGUGGGAACGUUUGCUGGGUAUAACUGUUGACAUUUAAGUUUCAGGUGCAAUAAGAAGCUUCAAUAACUUUUUGGUGAAUUUCUGCUCCCUCACAGCCUUUUUUUAUUUUCCGCUGGUUUAAGAGGAAAUAAUUUUCCUUAUUUUUAUUUUCCAGCUGGUUCUGUUGCUGAGAGUUCAAGUGGCAGAGCAAAGGGACUUUUUUUGGGAACUCUUUCCCUUGAUAUAAGUCAGCUCAUCUAUUUUCAAGGCUGUGGUAAAAUGGAAAUAUUGUUUAAAAGCUGCCAGACUGAGUGGUUUUAAAGGAAGGAGAGAAUUAAGCAGGUCAGAUGAUGGCAAGAGAAAGUUAUGCUGCAAACGAACAGUGUGAGUAUGGAAAUCAAACUCUGGGAACCAGGAGUGUCCAGGUCUCAGUCCCAGUGUGGCAUCAACUCCUUUGUUGGUUCAGAACAAAUCACUUCAUGUAUCUCAGAUUUACCAUCUGUAACAGGGGACAUAAACACUUACAUUGUACAGAGAACAAUGUUAUGAACAAUUAUG